ACAACCACCAUGCCGGGUUUCUUGUAGUUUGUAGUAGAGAUGGCGUUUCACCAUGCCGGGUUUUUUGAAGUUUUCAGUACAGACAGGGUUUCAGCAUGUUGGCCAGGAUGGCCUCAACCUCUUGCCCUCAUGAUCUGCCCACCUCAGCCUCGCCACAUGCUGGAUUACAUGAGUGAACCACCGCGCCCAGCCUGCCAUCUGGUUAUCUAACGUCACCAAGUGAAUAUUAGACCUGUGCCAGCGGGACCCAGCAUGAUGUCAUCCUCAUGGUGUUUCUUUUUCUCUUAUUGCAGGAGAAGCCCACCGUUUGGUGUUACCGCCGUCCCGUUGAGGUCCCGCAGGACCUCAUAUUAGAAGACAUCGAGGAUGAGGAGCUACCCCGUGACGAGGAGAAGCCCGCCGUUUCGUGUCACCGCCGUCCCGUUGAGGUCCUGCAGGACCUCAUAUUAGAAGACAUCGAGGAUGAGGAGCUACCCCGUGACGAGGAGAAGCCCGCCGUUUCGUGUCACCGCCGUCCCGUUGAGGUCCUGCAGGACCUCAUAUUAGAAGACAUCGAGGAUGAGGAGCUACCCCGUGACGAGGAGAAGCCCGCCGUUUCGUGUCACCGCCGUCCUCUUGAAAUCAUCUUAGAGGAUGACGAGGAUGAGGACCUACCCCGUGAUGUGGACACCGUGACAGCCCCAAAUGACCUCCCUCCUCCUGAGGAUUGCAGGAGCCCCAAGUGUGAGGAAGAUGGUGAGGGUUCAUCACUCGCUGUUGACGUGUCGUCAAGUGACCUGGCGAGCACGGUCGGACUCAGAUCCCAGACAGAGGAAGAAGAUCUGGAGGAGGAAAACCUCUACGGAAUAUCCCAGAAAAGGGUGAAAAGCUGGCUUGGGAGCGUCUUCAAAGCAAAGGAAGACGAUCCCCAGGUAGGGAAUACUUUCCAGGUAGGACCUAAUGGGAAAGGGUUCCUAAGAGUCUUCACCUUCAGGUUAUCCCCACUGCUUGAGGGGCUGAAGCAGGG